AUGUCUGACUCUAGACGCAUCUGUUAUAAUAUCUGGCUUCCUUUCUACAUCUCCUUUUCUCUGAAGCUCAAUCUUUCUUUCUUUUUUCUAUCUAUCUAUCUAUCUAUCUAUCUAUCUAUCUAUCUAUCUGCAAACGCGACAUAUUUACUUACGACCUCCACACCCCUACCUGUCCUGUCGGUUAGACCAACGGAUCUCUCACUUCCUCUCCCCUCUCUCUCCUCCAUCUCCCUCUCUCUCUCUUCCUCUCUCCCCUCCCUCUUCCUCUCUCAAAAGACUCUCUCUCCCUCCCCCCUCUCUCCCCUCUCUCCCUCUCCCUCUCUGUCUCCCCCCUCUCUCUCCUCUCUCUCUCUGUCUCCCUUUCCCUCUGUCUCCCUCUCCCCCUUUCUCCCGCUCCCUCUCUCUCUCUCGCUCUCUCUCCCUCUCUGCCUCCCUCUCCCCCUCUCCCCCGCUCCCUCUCUCUCUCCCUCUCUCUCCCUCUCUCUCCCUCUCUGUCUGUCUCCCUCUCCUCUGUCUCCCUCUCCCCCCCUUCUCCCACUCCCCUCUCUCUCUCUCUCUCUCUCCCAACUCUCUCUCCCUUUAAAUGCUCCCUCAAUUCUCUCUCUUCCUCUUUUCCCCCUCUCUCUCCCUCUCUCCAUCUCUUUGUCCCUCUCUCUCUCCCUCCCUCCCCAUCUCUCUCUCUAUUUACUAAGUUUAACUUAG